GCUCCUCUAGAGCCGUCUUGAGCAGCCAGGAAACUUUUAUUCGAUACCGCCAUGUCUUCAUUAUCUCCUACCAAUAAGAAGUACACGACUCGUUCGCCAGAGCGCCUCUAGGACUCAGAUUCGUCAGCUCAGACGGAUGCCGUGCUUUCGGGUGUCCAUUAUAACUCGCUUCGACCUCCGGAGUUUUCGUCUUAGACCAAAUCGAUUCCCCAGACCACGACUAUUUCGAUCCUCAAUAAAGACAGAUAACUUUCCCAGAACAAACACGAAGUGAAACGUCUAAGAAGGAAAACAGUCAGUAACUGUACAAGGACAACUGUGAAUUUCAUAAAAAAAUAAGUCCAACGCAUUCUCCGGACACGAGGAAUCCGUUCAGCCGCUGUUCAAGUUGGCAGUUGCAGUCAGUUACCCAGUUCUCCGUGAGCAAUAGAACAGUGCAGUUCAUACGUCCACGCGAUUACGCUACUUUCGACUCCGUCGACUCGUCUCAUCAGCUGAUCUAACGAACUCGCGACGAAGGAAUCCGUGAAGCAGUGAGACACUCUCCAUCGUCGAAAAUAAGCAGAAACAAAUCCGUCCAAAAGCAAGUAAAACCAAAUAUCAUUGAUCAACGUCACACUUAAACACAUCGAAAAUGAUCCUCGAAAGCUAGAAGAGGGGACACACUUAAGAACUGAUUAACAUCAAGGAGGAAAAACAGAGAGUGCUUACAAUCUGAAUUACCAAGAAUCGUGUCAAGAGCGCUGUCAGUUAUCAAGACGCUGUUAAAAAGCAGGAAAACAACUGGAGAAACAAGUUUUUCAAGGCUGAACGCGAAACAUGGCGAGCGUCGACAGAAAUCUCGAGGAGUUGAUGGCUCAUCUCGGGGAAUUUGGCAAAUACCAGGGUUGGCAAUUUUCGCUACACAUUCUGGGCGCGUUGACAGCUGGUUUGCACAUGCUGACACUGCUGACAGUAGCAGCGGUGCCGCCACACAAAUGCAACAUCCCCGAAUCCACGUUGACGGUCAUCAAUCCAACCAACUUCACGUCCUCCAAAUGGAACUCGUCCGAUGGCCUCGACGACCUUCCUCGCGUCAUUGAUACGUGUCACUACAUGGAUGUGAAUGAAGUAGUGAAACAAUGCGAAUCCUGGACCUAUGACAUGCAAUACUUCCAAUCGUCGCGAGGAAUGGAAUGGAAUUUUGUUUGCUCACAACGAUGGAUGGGUGCAGCGGCACAGUCCUCCUACAUGUUUGGCGUGUUUAUUGGAGCGGUAACGUUGGGCAGUUUGGCUGACAAGUACGGGAGAAAGAUAAUAUUCUACAUAUCCGCUGUCGCUCAACUGAUCCUGGGAGUGACGGUAGCCUUGGUCAACAACUAUUACGUAUUCCUCAUCCUAAGAUUCCUCUACGGGAUCUUCGGCUCAGCCGGGGCCUACAUAACAGGGUUCGUCCUCACGAUGGAACUGGUUGGCGCAACGAAGAGGACCAUCUGCGGAGUGAUGUUCCAAUUGGCGUUCGCUGUUGGGUUCAUGCUGGUAGCCGUUUGGGGUGCCGUGAUCAAAGAUCGAAUGUGGCUGCAGAUCAUCUACGGACUUCACAGUGCGUUGCUGGUAGGCCACUGGUGGCUCAUGGACGAGUCCCCAAGGUGGUUGUGGGCUCAAGGCCGCGUCAGCGAGGCUUUAGCUAUCGUACGAAAAGGUCUAAAGAUGAACGGGAACAACGUAGACAUAGACACCGCGAAGCUAAUCAGCGAAGGGAAGAUACGGCACGUCGAUCAAGAGGAACGCUCUUACGGAGCCCUGGAUCUCUUUAAAACACCCAAUCUUCGUAAGAAGAGUCUGAACGUGUGUCUCAAUUGGUUUGCCAACUCCAUCGUCUAUUAUGGACUAUCGUUGAACGCUGGUAACCUGGUCGGCAAUCCGUUUGUCAUGCUCUUCCUCAGUGGCCUCGUCGAGCUACCGUCCUAUAUUCUCAUGUGCUUCCUCAUGGAUCGUACCGGAAGAAGAUGUAUGGUCAGCACAUUUAUGCUGAUAGGUGGCGUAUGCUGCAUAAUCGCUUCCAGCAUUCCCUCAGACACCGAUGCAGCAGCUGCCGCGAUCGUCACGAUCGUCCUGUUCGGCAAGGCCUGCAUAGCUGGUUCGUUCGCUGUCAUCUACAACUACACUGCCGAACUGUUCCCCACGGUGGUCAGAAAUACCGCGUUGGGGAUCGGUUCGAUGUGCGCGCGUCUCAGUGGAGCUAUGACCCCCGCGAUAAUGCUGUUGGACUCUUUGAAUCCCAAAGUGCCAGCGGUGCUGUUCGGUUUCGUCGCUCUGGUGUCUGGUUUUCUGUCGCUGUAUCUACCAGAAACCGUGAACCAGCCGAUGCCAGAGACCAUCGAAGAUGGUGAGAACUUUGGCAAGCACGACACGUGCUUCACUACGUGUAUGGGCUCGGAUGGAAAAGCCAGCGUGACCUAUGAUGUUACGUUGAAUCAAUUGAGCGAUAGAGAUGAGAAAGAGAAGCUGAAUCAAGGUGAAAACGCGAAGGAAAAUUCGCAUUAAUUUAGGUGCAAAUAUAAAUCGAUGAUGAGUGAAUCGAUUACAUAAAUGUGUGACAAGUGUGAGAGUAACCUACCUUGCUGCAGAAUUAUUUUCUAUGAAUCAGACUGAAUCAGAGAUAGCGAGAUUUUCGUGAAUUUCUUACGAUCGAUGUAGGACUAUUGCCAUGACAUGUUGAUCGGUGUUUGCUGGGUGUUUUAUAGUCUGCUGGCAGUAAUUUAAAAAGCCUUGCAGCUAUUGUAUAUGAGUUUUAAAGAAUAAUCCUGCAGCUAUGCGAUCUAAUACAUAAAGUGCCUUGACGCGUUCACU